AUGUCCGAAGACGAAGAAGCAUUCCCAGUUAAGGUGUACGUUUACGACAUUUCCAGGGGCCUCGCAGCAGUGUAUGCGCCUAUGGUUUUAGGAAUACAGCUAGACGCCAUAUAUCACACAUCUGUAGUGGUAUACGGGAAGGAGUACUACAUAGACCAAGGUAUCAAGACGACCACAAGUCCAGGAACGACGAAAUAUGGAGUGCCCAGGGAGGUUAUUGACUUAGGCGAAACCUACGUUACAGAAGAUAUUUUCAAUGAGUUUAUGGGUGAACUUAACCAAGAAUUCAAGUACACUGCACUUGCAUACGAUUUAUUCGACAAUAACUGCAACCACUUUACCGAUAAGGUGGGAGAAUUCUUAUCGGGCAAAAAUUUAGAGGAUAGAAUAUUAAAAUUACCGCAACAGGUGUUAGCCACACCUAAUGGGCAAUUUUUACGACAAAUGUUAGGUGGACAAAUUGCUUAA